UUGACAUUUAUAUAAAUAUGGCGUUAGCGGUAUAACCUCAUUUACGUUGUGUUAAUAUUUAUAAGUAUAACGUUUUAUUAUAAUUGCGUUUGAGGAAAAUUUAAUUUAAAAACGGUAAUUGUGAUUUUCAAAUAUAAAUAUAAGAUUUCGCCAUGGCGGAUGCGGCGGCCAGACAGCUGCAAUAUGAAUAUAAAGCCAACUCCAAUCUCGUAUUACAAGCUGAUGUAAGACUAAUAGAACGACGCGGUCGCGAUGAAGCGACUGGAGAAGUGUUGUCGCUUUCUGGCAAACUCACAGGAACCCGUAUGGGUGACCGAGCUCAAAGAACUAAACCAGAAAAAGCUGAAGAGAGAAAGGCAAAACGACAAAAAAGAGAUGAAGCAUCAUAUGAGUUGUCUAAAUCAAAAUCCAGAGUAGCCUGGGCAGACGAUACACCAGCGGGAGUGCUGUAUCGUCCCAGAGCACAACACACAAGACAUGCUUAUGAGUUAUUGCUAGCUUUUAUGCAGAGCGCACUAGGAGAUCAGCCGAGAGAUAUAUUAUGUGGAGCUUGUGAUGAAGUAUUAGUAGUUCUCAAAAAUGAUAAACUAAAGGACCCAGAGAGGAAGAAGGAGGUCGAGAUGUUACUCGGACCCAUACCAGACGAGAGAUUCGCGCUUUUGGUUAAUUUAGGCAAAAAGAUCACAGACUUCACUAUAAGCUCAGCGACGGAGGGCAAUUCUGAAAUUGAUGAGACGUACGGCAUCAACGUUCAAUUUGAAGAGUCAUCGGAGGAAGAUGAUGAGGAUGCUUAUGGAGAGGUACAUGAUGAAGAGAAGGAAGAAGGUGAUGUGUCAGAAAACGAGGAGGGUAAGGAGAGUUCGGGUGAUGACAGCGAUGGGGAGGGAAAAAAGAACGCAAUCCACGCAAAAUUGUCAGAGGAGGGCGCGCAGACGCAGUCGCAGCGGCGGCGCGAGGCGCAGACGCUGCACGCGCUCGACAUCGACGCCUACUGGCUGCAGCGCCGCCUGUCGCGCCACUUCCCCGACGCCAUGCUGUCGCAGGCCAAAUCGUCAGAGGUAUUGCGCGCUCUAGCGGAAGCAGCCGACGACCGGGACUUGGAGAAUAGACUAGUGUUGCUCCUCGGAUACGACUGCUUCGAUCUCGUGAAGAUAUUAAACAAAUACAGAUAUACCGUCCUGUAUUGCACGAAGCUAGCUUCGUCUCAGUCGGAGAGCGAGCGAGCGGCGAUCAGAGAGGAGAUGUCGAAACAGCCGCACUUGCAGAAGAUACUGGCGCAGUUGGAUACGGGGAAGGGUGACGAUGAGACGGCCGAACAAUCGGAGCAGCCGCGAAAGCGUCACAAGACCGGCACCGAGCCCACCAGCAGUGGCGGUACCGUCGGAGGCAACAGGAAGGUGCUGCAGCUCGAGGAGCUGGUGUUCGCAGCCGGUUCACAUCUGAUGGCAAACAAGCGCUGUCAGCUACCACCUGGGUCAUUCAGGAAGCAGAGGAAAGGCUACGAAGAAGUCCACGUGCCGGCUCUGAAGCCAAAACCGUUCGAAGAGAACGAGACCCUCAUGCCGAUAGAGAAGUUACCGAAGUACGUUCAGCCAGCGUUCGAAGGCUUCAAGACGUUAAAUAGGAUACAGAGCCGCAUCUCGUCGGCGGCGCUGGAGUCGGACGAGAACCUGCUGGUGUGCGCGCCCACGGGCGCCGGCAAGACCAACGUGGCGCUGCUGUGCGUGCUGCGCGAGGUGGGCAAGCACGUCAACGACGACGGCAGCGUCAACGCCAACGACUUCAAGGUCAUCUACGUCGCGCCCAUGCGCUCGCUCGUGCAGGAGAUGGUGGGCAACUUCAGCAAGCGUCUCGCAGCUUACAACAUGAAGGUCUCCGAGUUGACCGGCGACCACCAGCUGACGAGGGAGCAGAUAGACGCCACCCAGCUCAUCGUGUGCACCCCGGAGAAGUGGGACAUCGUGACGAGGAAGGGCGGCGAGCGCUCGUUCACGAACCUGGUGCGGCUGAUCAUCAUCGACGAGGUGCACCUGCUGCACGACGAGCGCGGGCCCGUGCUGGAGGCGCUCGUGGCGCGCACGCUGCGCACCGUCGAGCACACGCAGGAGGAGGUCCGCCUCGUGGGUCUGUCGGCGACGUUGCCGAACUACACGGACGUGGCGGCCUUCUUGAGGGUCAAGCCGGAGAAAGGACUGUUUUACUUUGAUAACUCAUUCAGACCGGUCGCCCUGGAACAACAGUACAUCGGUGUAACAGAGAAAAAAGCCUUGAAAAGGUUCCAAGUUAUGAACGAUAUUGUCUACGAGAAGGCAAUGGAACACGCUGGAAGGAAUCAGAUUUUAGUAUUCGUACACUCACGCAAGGAGACCGGCAAGACGGCGCGAGCGAUACGAGACAUGUGCUUGGAGAAGGACACCCUCGGUCAGUUCCUUAGGGAAGGUUCAGCCAGCGUGGAAGUCCUCAGGACUGAAGCGGAACAGGUCAAGAAUCCAGAGCUCCGGGAGUUGCUGCCGUACGGAUUCGCGAUCCAUCACGCUGGUAUGAGCCGCGUUGACAGGACACUCGUUGAGGAUCUGUUCGCUGACAGACACAUACAGGUGCUGGUGUCGACGGCGACGCUGGCGUGGGGGGUGAACCUGCCGGCGCACACCGUGAUCGUGAAGGGCACGCAGGUGUACAGCCCCGAGAAGGGCCGCUGGAGCGAGCUGGGCGCGCUCGACGUGCUGCAGAUGUUGGGGCGAGCCGGCCGGCCGCAGUACGACACCAAGGGCGAGGGCAUCCUGAUCACGAACCACUCGGAGCUGCAGUACUACCUGUCGCUGCUGAACCAGCAGCUGCCCAUCGAGUCGCAGCUCGUCAGCAAGCUGCCGGACGCGCUCAACGCGGAGAUCGUGCUCGGCUCCGUGCAGAGCGUGCGCGACGCCGUCACCUGGCUCGGGUACACAUACCUCUACAUAAGGAUGCUGCGACAGCCGGCUCUCUACGGUAUAACCCCAGAGAAGUUACAAGAGGAUUCGUUGUUGGAGCUCCACCGAGCUGACUUAAUCCAUACUGCGGCUUGCUUACUCGAUAAAGCGGGUCUCGUGAAAUACGAGCGGAAAUCCGGCCACUUCCAGGCCACCGAACUCGGUCGGAUUGCGUCACACUUCUAUUGCACAUACGAAACGAUGCAGAGCUACAACCAGCUGCUGAAGCCGACGCUGGCCGAGAUCGAGCUGUUCCGGGUGUUCUCGCUCUCCGCCGAGUUCAAGCAUAUCGCUGUGAGGGACGAGGAGAAGCUGGAACUUCAUAAACUCAUGGAGAGGGUCCCGAUCCCGAUCAAGGAGAGCAUCGAGGAGCCGUCGGCCAAGAUCAACGUGCUGCUGCAAGCUUACAUAUCGCAGCUGAAGCUGGAAGGGUUCGCGCUGAUGGCGGACAUGGUGUACGUGACGCAGUCCGCCGCCAGGCUCCUGCGGGCGCUCUACGAAAUUGUGCUACACAGAGGUUGGGCUCAGCUGGUGGACAAAACGCUAGCCCUGUGUAAGAUGGUGGACCGCCGGAUGUGGCAGUCAAUGUCGCCGCUGCGACAGUUCAGGAAGAUGCCGGAAGAGGUUAUUAAGAAACUUGAAAAGAAAAAUUUCCCCUGGGAAAAGUUAUACGAACUUGGUCCAAAUGAAAUCGGUGAGCUUGUGAGGGCACCGAAACUUGGCAAGAUGAUACACAAAUAUGUGCACCAGUUCCCGAAGCUCGAGCUGAGCACACACAUCCAGCCAGUCACGCGUUCGACGCUUAGAGUCGAGCUCACGAUUACACCGGACUUCCAGUGGGACGAGAAGAUACAUGGUCAGUCGGAAGCGUUCUGGAUCCUGGUCGAGGAUGUGGACUCAGAGGUGAUCUUGCAUCACGAGUACUUCCUGCUGAAGCAGAAGUACUGUCGUGACGAGCACCACGUCAAGCUAUUCGUUCCAGUGUUCGAGCCCCUCCCCCCUCAGUACUUCCUAAGAGUGGUCUCUGAUAGGUGGAUAGCAGCUGAGACUCAGCUGCCGGUAUCCUUCCGCCACCUCAUCUUGCCAGAGAAGAACCUACCACCGACAGAACUGCUGGACCUGCAACCGUUGCCGAUAUCAGCGCUGAGGAACGCAAAAUACGAAGAGCUGUACGCGGAUACAUUCCCGCAGUUCAAUCCUGUGCAGACACAGGUUUUCAAUGCGGUGUAUAACUCGGACGACAACGUGUUCGUGGGCGCUCCAUCGGGCUCCGGCAAGUCGGUGAUCGCAGAGCUGGCGCUGCUGCGGCUGCUUACCACCAACGCGGCGGGCCGCGCCGUGUACCUGCUGCCCAAGGACGCGCUGGCCGACAUCGUGUUCGCCGACUGGUACCACAAGUUCGGCACCAGGUUCAACCUUAAGGUGGUGCAACUAACUGGCGAGACGGCGACUGACCACAAGCUCCUCAACAAGGGACAGAUUAUUAUAACGACAGCAGAUAAAUGGGAUGUGUUGUCCAGACGGUGGAAGGUCCGCAAGAGUGUGCAAAGUGUGUCGCUGCUGAUCGUGGACGCGCUGCAGCUGCUGGGCGGAGAGGAGGGGCCCGUGCUGGAGGUGGCCUGCUCCCGCAUGAGAUACAUCGCCUCGCAGACUGGUCGUCCGAUCCGUAUCGUGGCGCUGUCGCUGCCGCUGGCGGACGCCCGCGACGUGUGGCAGUGGCUCGGCUGCAACUCCAACUGCGCCUUCAACUUCCACCCCAGCGUGCGACCGCUGCCCCUCGAGCUGCACGUCCAGGGCUUCAACAUCUCGCACGCGGCGUCGCGGCUCGCCGCCAUGACGAAGCCCAUCUACAACGCCGUCGUGCGGCACGCGGGCAGCAAGCCGUGCGUGGUGUUCGUGCCGUCGCGACGCCACGCGCGCCUGCUGGCGGCCGACCUGCUGGCGCUGGCGGCGGCGCACGGCUGCCCGGGGCGCUUCCUGCGGGCGCGGCCUGACCUGCUGCAGCCCUUCCUGCGCAAGCUGCAGGACAAGAUGCUGCGCGAGACGCUGGCGGCGGGCGUGGCCUACCUGCACGAGGGCGUGUGCGCGGCGGACCGGCGGGCGGCGCAGCAGCUGCUGGAGUCGGGUGCGGCGCAGCUGUGCGUGGUGGCGGCCGAGCUGGCCUUCGCCUUCGCCGCGCACUGCCACACCGUCAUCGUGGCCGACACGCACGUGUACGACGGCAAGCUGCACAGCUACGAGCAGUACCCCGUCACCACGGUGCUGCAGAUGCUGGGCCGCGCCUGCCGCCCGCUGGACGACGAGCACUCGGUGGCCGUGCUCAUGUGCGCCGCGCACCACAAGACCUUCUUCACCAAGCUGCUCAACGACUGCCUGCCGCUCGAGAGUCACCUCGACCACAGACUGCACGAUCACAUGAACGCAGAAAUCGUCACAAAGACAAUCGAGAACAAACAGGACGCCGUAGACUACCUGACGUGGACCUUCCUCUACCGGCGACUCACGCAGAAUCCGAAUUAUUAUAAUCUACAGGGUGUUACACAUAGGCACCUGUCGGAUCACCUCUCGGAACUGGUGGAGACAACACUGUCAGACUUGGAGCAGUCGAAGUGUAUCGCGAUCGAAGACGAGAUGGACGUGCAGCCUUUGAACCUCGGGAUGAUAGCUUCGUACUACUACAUCAACUAUACAACGAUCGAGCUCUUUAGUCUGUCAUUAACGUCGAAGACCAAGAUCCGUGGUCUGUUGGAGAUAAUAUCAUCAGCGGCCGAGUACUCCGACCUCUGUAUCAGGCAUCGUGAGGAAAAUAUCAUAAAAGCAUUGGCGGCGAAGGUACCACACAAACCGGCGACGCCGUCCGGCGGUACGGUGAAGUACAACGAGCCGCAUGUCAAGGCGCAUGUACUUUUGCAAGCGCACCUGUCACGCAUGCAGCUCCCGGCCGAGUUACAAGCUGACACGGCCAUCGUGCUCACCAAGGCGAUCAGAUUGAUCCAGGCGUGUGUGGACGUAGUCUCCAGCAGCGGCUGGCUGUCUCCAGCCGUGGCGGCCAUGGAGCUCGCACAGAUGGUCACGCAGGCGAUGUGGGCCAAGGACUCGUACCUGAGGCAGUUGCCGCACUUCACACCCGAGCUGGUGCAGAGAUGUGCUGACAAGAGUGUCGAGACGGUGUUCGACGUGAUGGAGCUGGAGGACGGCGCCCGAGCGAAGCUGCUGCAGCUGUCGCCCACCGAGAUGGCGGACGUGGCGAGGUUCUGCAACCGGUACCCCAACGUCGAAUUGACAUACGAGGUGAAGAACGAGCGUCGUCUGCGCGCCGGGAAGCCCAUUGUGGUGGAAGUGUCCCUCGAGAGGGAGGACGAGAUCGUGGGGCCGGUCAUCGCGCCGUUCUUCCCGCAGAAACGCGAAGAGGGCUGGUGGGUGGUGAUCGGCGACCCCAAGACGAACACGCUGCUGUCCAUCAAGCGCGUGUCGCUCGGGCGCUCCGCCAAGGUCCGGCUGGACUUCGUGUGCGGCUCGGCGGGCCGGCACACCUACACGCUGUACUUCAUGUCGGACGCCUACCUGGGCGCCGACCAGGAGUACAAGUUCAACGUGGACGUCGAGGACGCAGCCUCCGACUCCAGUGAGUCGGAGUGAUGACUUUGUAAAUCGCAAAUUAAUAAAUAGAUCUAUAACCA